AUGGCGCGGUGGGCGGCGGCGGUGCUGGCGCUGGCGGCGGCGACGGCCAUCGCCAUGGCGUCCGUGGCGGGCGGCGACAUGAGCGCGGACAAGACGGAGUGCGCGGACCAGCUGGUGGGGCUGGCUCCGUGCCUGCAGUACGUGCAGGGGCAGGCCAGCGCGCCGCCGCCGGACUGCUGCGGCGGCCUGCGGCAGGUGCUCGGGAAGAGCCCCAAGUGCCUGUGCGUGCUCGUCAAGGACAAGGACGACCCAAACCUGGGCAUCAAGAUCAACGCCACCCUCGCGCUCGCGCUUCCCAACGCCUGCGGCGCCACCCGCGCCAACGUCUCCCACUGCGCUCAGCUCCUGCAUAUUCCUCCGGGCUCCAAAGACGCCGCCGUCUUCAGCCCCGGCGGCGACAAGGGCUCCACUGCCGCUCCAGCCAAGGACAACUCGACGGCGACGACCGACUCCCGCGCGCUGCAGGCGACCAACGGAGGCGGCGUCUCCUCCUCGGCGGCGACCGCUGGUGCUGCACUGACGCAAGAAUCUGUGAACUUCACUUCUCUUUCAUACUGCAAGGGGCAAUCUGCUGGACACCAAAUGGAGCGUGUUCUGUCCCUAGAUGUCAUGGACACCCAGGUGAAGCUUGCUGUUGUGGUGAAGGUGAUGGGCAGGACCGGCUCCAGGGGUCAGGUGACCCAGGUCAGAGUGAAGUUCUUGGAUGACCAGAACCGUCUCAUCAUGAGGAACGUCAAGGGCCCAGUUCGCGAGGGCGACAUCCUCACCCUGCUCGAAUCCGAGAGGGAGGCCAGGAGGUUGCGCUGA